AUGGUAGAGAUCAGCGUCCAGAAGCGCCCCCUUGCAGGCGUAGAGCUCGAAUCUGCCCAACACAAGUACUUUCGCAAGACCGCCCGUGGCAAGGUUCUCAAGAUCCUCCGUGAGCGAUACCUUCGCGACGACAUCGCCUGCGGAAGCCGCGCCUGCGAGCGCUGCCACCAUCUCCAUGCCGACCUCCAGAAGCAAGCUCAGGAUGCCGGGCUACAGAAGAAGAUCUUUCUCGACCCCAGCGGCUUGAAAAAUAACAAAGUCGACCGCAACCACUACCUUGUCCUCGACACCAAUGCUUUCUUGCAUCAGAUGGAUCUCAUCGAAAACCCCAGCUUCACCGACGUCAUUGUGUUGCAGACUGUUGCAGAUGAGGUGCGUCAUAGAAGCCUUCCGCUUUUUAACCGUUUGAAAAACUUGAUCGCGGACCCAGAUCGCAGGUUUUGGGUGUUCUACAACGACUUUGGUCGCGAGACGGCCGUACUUCAACAAGAAGAUGAGUCGCCCAACGACAGGAACGACAGAGCCAUCCGCACAGCAGCAAAAUGGUACAGGACGCAUCUCAUGGCAUCCACCGGCCCUGGCUCCUCUGCAAAAGCCAACCUCGACGUGCUCCUCAUCAGCGACGACCAGGACAACGUGCAGCGUGCGCUUAACGACGACAUUCGCGCCAUGUCGGUUCGCGACUACAUCGAGGGCCUCGACAACGCUGACCAACUCCUUGACCUCCUCUCAUCGCGCUCUAUGGUCUCGGGCUCGGGUGGUAGCGAGAAGCGUGCGGUUCUCUACCCAGAACAUCUCCCGCAGAACCAGGUCACUGCUGGCGUCAAGUCCGGCCAGCUGCUCCAAGGUUUCUUCAACGCCAAUCCGUACAACUAUCUCGAGGCCACCGUGCGAUCGGGUCAGCUCACCCGUUCCAUCCUGCUCGUGGGCCGAGAGGCGAUGAAUCGUGCCGUAGACGGAGACGUCGUUGCCGUACAAAUGCUGCCUAAGGACCAGUGGAAGGCUGCGACCGAGGAGGUGAUUGACGCCGACGCAGCGCUCAAGGAUGACGAUGCUGAAGCAGGAGAUGGCGAGGGUGGCGCAGAUGACGACAUCGAGGCGCAACUGGCCCGCAAAGAGGCAGCCGAUGCCGAAGCCAAUGCACGCUCGUCGCGAGGUGAACCGCAGCCGACUGGCAAAGUCGUCGGCAUCGUGCGCCGCAACUGGAGAUCUUACGUCGCCCACGUCGACGUCAACUCGGUCAACUCCUCCGCGCUCUCGAGCCUUGGCGCGCAGACCGUGUUCGCAACACCUGUCGACCGCAAGCUCCCCCGCAUUCGCAUCCGCACACGACAAGCACGCGAUUUGAUUGGACAAAAGAUCCUCGUCGCCCUCGACGCAUGGCGGCCCACCUCGCGUUAUCCUGACGGUCACUUUGUCCGCGCACUCGGCCAAGCAGAGAGCAAGGAGGCCGAGCAAGAGUCGCUGCUGCUCGAGCACGAUGUGCCCUACCGACCGUUCAGCAAGGCAAUCCUCGACUGCCUGCCUGUCGAGGGCGAUAGCUGGGUGGUGCCGCCCAAGGACAUGACGCAUCGGGCGUGGAGAGACCGCGUCGAUAUGCGCGACGAGAUCAUUUGCUCGAUCGACCCGCCAGGGUGCCAAGACAUCGACGAUGCUCUACACGCCAAGCAGCUUCCCAACGGCAACAUUGAAGCGGGUGUCCACAUUGCCGAUGUCUCGUACUUUGUUCGCCCGGACAACCCAAUGGACGCCGAAGCGGCCAGUCGCGGCACCACGGUGUAUCUGGUCGACAAGCGAAUCGACAUGCUUCCGCAUCUGCUCGGAACCAACCUGUGCUCGCUGCGACCGUACGUCGAGCGUCUGGCGUUCAGUGCAGUGUGGGAGAUGACGCCCGAGGCAGAAAUCGUCAAUGUGCGCUUCCACAAGUCAGUCAUCGCGUCUAAGGCGGCUUUCACGUACGAAGAGGCACAGCUGCGCAAGGACGACGCUUCGAAAAACGAUCCUACCACGCAAUCCAUUCGACUGCUCAAUUCGCUCGCCAAGAAACUCAAGCAGAAACGUAUGGAUGCCGGUGCGUUGAACCUUGCUUCCCCCGAAGUUCGCAUUCACCUCGACUCGUCCGAAUCCGCUGCGCCCAUUGAUGUCGAGCAAAAGGAAAUGCGCGAAACGAACUCGCUCGUGGAAGAAUUCAUGCUACUCGCCAAUGUGUCGGUUGCCGAGCGCAUCUACGAAGUGUUCCCCAUGACCGCUGUCCUGCGUCGACAUCUUCCGCCGCCGCGGACCAAUUUCGAGACGCUGCAGGACAUCCUGCUCAAGCGUCGCGGCAUGGAGCUGGACGUCUCGAGCUCCGGCGCGUUGGCAGCCUCGCUCGACAAAUGCGUCGAUGCCAAGGAUGCUACGUUUAACACGCUGGUGCGUAUCAUGGCUACACGGUGCAUGCUGAGUGCCGAGUACUUCUGCUCCGGCAGCGUGGCACGCGAUACGUUCAGCCACUACGGUCUGGCCGCGGGCAUGUAUACGCACUUUACGUCGCCAAUUCGACGUUACGCAGACGUGUUGGCGCACCGACAGCUGGCGGCUGCGAUCAACUACGAGCCGCUCCACCCCUCGCUCCACAGCAAGGACUAUGUCGACGAUGUGCUCAAGGUGGUCAAUAAGCGUCACCGAUCUGCGCAACAGGCAGGCAGGGCGUCGGUCGAGUUCUAUGUCGGACUGAGCAUUGCCGAGCGCAAUGCCUCGCUGUCGACCAAGUCGAAACCCGCCGAGUCGGAGCCGAUGAUGCAGGCGGCCGCGUACGUCAUCCGCGUGUUCCGCAAUGGGCUGGCCGUGUUUGUCAACCAGUUUGGGCUCGAGGGGCUGAUCACGUUCAAGGAGGAGGUCGAGUUCGACCAGGACAAUUACGAAGUGACGAUCCCCAAGCGCGUCAGUGGGCUGAACAACGACUUGAAACUGGGCAUCUUCGAUCAGUGCACGGUGCAGAUCGGCGUUACGAAGGACAGCAACACCAAGCGCGGCAAAGUCAGCAUGCAUCUUGUGGGUUGA